AUGAGUAAACAAGAAAUCAAAAACUACCAGGGCGAUUACGGCCACGGUGGCUCCAGCAAGAUUGAUGGCAAGGAAGCAGAUAUGGAGAUUGAGGAACAGGUCCAUCACGAGCACGUCGAAGAGAUCUCUGCUGAACUCGAGCUCCUUCUCAAGACCGACCCCCUGAAGGGUCUUUCGGAUGACGAGGUCCUUCGUCGCCGUGAGACGUUUGGCAUGAACGAGUUGGUGGAGAAGAAGCGCCACCCACUGUUGAAGUUCCUAAGUUAUUUCACGGGUGCUAUUGCCUACUUGAUUGAAAUUGCCGUCAUUUGCUCUGCCAUCGUCGGCGAUUGGGCGGAUUUCGGUAUUAUUUUCGCGCUGUUGUUCAUUAACGCAACGAUUGGUUUCGUCGAGGAAGCCAAGGCAGAGUCUGCCCUGGAUGCCCUCAAGCAAACCCUUGCCCUGAAGACCCGCUGCUGGCGUAACGGACACCUUGUCGAACUCGACACCUCCGAGCUGGUUCCCGGUGACGUCAUCGUUCUCCGCCUCGGAGACAUCAUCCCCGCCGACGGCCGUCUCCUUGGUAUAGGUGCUACCGGUGAGGCCACCGAGGGUGAUCUUCAGGUCGACCAGUCUGCUCUCACCGGAGAGUCCUUGCCUCUGUCCAAGAACAAAGGUGCCACCGUCUACUCGUCCUCGAUUGUCAAGCAGGGUCAACAGAUGGCCGUCGUGACCAAGACCGGUGGUGAUACCUUCAUUGGUCGUGCUGCUGGCCUCAUGGCUGUCGCGCCUGAGGAAGGUCAUUUCCAAAAGAUCAUCAACCGUAUCGGCAACUUCUUGAUCCUCAUCACUGUCGUCCUGGUCGUCAUCAUCAUGGUCUACCUCCUCGUCGUUGACCGCGGUACUCCCGAUGGCGAGUUCAAGAAGGUCCUCGAGCGUGUCCUUGUCCUGACCAUUGCUGCCAUCCCGGUCGGUCUUCCUACUGUCAUGUCUGUCACUAUGGCUAUGGGCGCCAAGGAACUCGCUGUCCGCAAGGUCAUCGUCAAGCGUCUGACUGCCGUCGAGGAGAUGGCCUCUGUCUCCGUUCUCUGCUCCGACAAGACUGGUACCUUGACCCUUAACGAGUUGACCUUUGAUGAGCCCUACCUGACCAACGGAAACACUGCCGAGGAUAUCCUCCUCUACUCUUACCUCGCUGCCGAGCCCGGUGCAAAUGACCCCAUUGAGUUCGCCGUCCGUACUGCCGCUGAGGAGCAACUCGAUAUCCUCAAGAACCGUACCCACAAGCACGAGGUUCCCGGAUACAAGGUCACUUCCUUCUUGCCCUUCAACCCUUCGACCAAGAUGACCCAGGCUACUGUCAUGAACUACAGCACCCAGGAGUCUUUCAAGGUCGCCAAGGGUGCCCCUCAGGUUAUCGUUCGUCUCGUCGGUGGUGAUAACGAUGCUGUCCGUGCCGUCAAUGCUCUCGCUAAGCGUGGUCUCCGUGCCCUCGGUGUUGCCCGUACCAAGCCCGGUUCUCUUGAUGAGUACGAGCUCGUUGGAAUGAUCUCCCUGAUUGACCCUCCUCGCCCUGAUUCUGCAGAGACUAUUCGCCGGUGUAACGAGAUGGGUGUCGACGUCAAGAUGAUUACCGGAGACCAGCAGAUUAUCGCCAAGGAGGUCGCUCACCGUCUCGGAAUGGGUCGUGUUAUUCUUGACGCUGGACACUUGGUCGACCCCAGCAAGUCUGACGAUGAGAUUACCGAGCAUUGUAUCCGCGCCGAUGGUUUCGCCCAGGUCAUUCCCGAGCACAAGUACCGUGUUGUCGAGCUGCUCCAGAACCGUGGUAUCCUAGUUGGUAUGACUGGUGAUGGUGUCAACGAUGCCCCUGCUCUCAAGAAGGCCAAUGUUGGUAUUGCUGUCCACGGCUGUACCGAUGCCGCUCGCUCUGCCGCCGAUAUUGUCCUGCUUGCCCCCGGUCUGUCGACGAUUGUCGAUGGUUUGAUGACUUCCCGCGCCAUCUUCCAGCGUAUGCGCUCCUAUGCCCUGUACCGUAUCACCUCAACUGUGCACUUUUUGAUGUUCUUCUUCUGCAUCACCAUGGCGCUCAAGUGGCACAUGAAACCCAUCCUGCUGAUUCUCAUCUGUAUCCUGAAUGACGCCGCCACGCUGGUUAUUUCCGUUGACAACGCCAAGAUCUCGGUCUACCCCGACAAGUGGAGAAUCGGCCAAUUGAUCUUUUUGUCUGUCGUCCUUGGUGCCCUGUUGACCGCUUUGUCGUUUGCCCACUUUUUUGUCGCCGACCGCGUCUUCCAAGUCUCUGCCGCCAAGCUGGAAGCGAUCAUGUACCUCCACAUCUCGUCUGCUCCUCAUUUCGUCAUCUUCUCGACCCGUCUAUCUGGCUACUUCUGGGAGAAUAUGCCCUCGCCCAUCUUCUUUAUCGCAGUCAUGGGCACACAGGUCUUUGCGAUGUUGAUCUGCGUCUAUGGAGUGAUUGUCGGUGAGGCGAUCGGUUGGGGCUGGGGAAUUGCCGUGAUUGCGAUCUCGCUGGUGUACUUUGUGUUCCUGGACUUUGUGAAGGUCUUUAUCUUCCGGUACUGGUCGUUCGAGUUCACGGCGGCUGCAUGGCCGACCAAGGCGCGCAUGGACAAGUUGAGAGCGCGCAAGGCGCGUGUGAUCCAGCAGAAGCAUGUCUGGUCGUCGAUUGACCAGGUUCGUCAGGUCGGUUUGAAGAUCAAGGUCCUCGAAGCUUUGAAGCAGAAGUAG